AUGGAGCGAGGCUGCUCGGACGAUUACCAGGCGUUUGUGGCCCUGCACGGGCCGGCGCUCGGCGCUUCGGGGGUCCCGUCCUGCUACUGGCAAAGCCUGUGGCGCAAACUGGAAAAAGAGGUGUUCGAUGCUGGCGAGUAUUUUGGGAUAAUGCAGGUGGAGGAGGUGGAAGAGGAAGAGGAAGAAGGAGGCGAUGAUGAAACAGAGGAAGAAUCGAAAAAGAAACCAAAUCCUGGAAAUGAACUGUGCUACAAGGUUAUAGUGACAAAUGAAAAUGGACUUCAGGCAGGUCUGUCUGAUAGCAUUUUUCUUAUUGACCAUGCCUGGACAUAUCGUGUUGAACACGCCCGCCAACAGCUCCUGCAGGUUCCUGGUCUGCUUCACAGGAUGGCCAACUUGAUGGGAAUAGGCUUCCAUGGAGAAGUGCCAGAUGACGGAGCCGUCGAUCAGGUUUUGGAGGACAUGUGGAAAUACAACCAGACCUAUCAGUUGUCAUGUGGGACUGCUGAAGAGAAGGUCCCUGUAUGGUAUAUUAUGGAUGAAUUCGGAUCCCGAAUCCAGCAUUCAGAUGAACCCACUUUUGCAACAGCACCUUUAUUUUACAUGCCACAACAAAUUGCUUAUACGAUUCUCUGGCCCUUAAGAGACCUUGAGACUGGCGAGGAAGUGACCCGUGACUUUGCUUAUGGAGAAACCGAUUGUUUAAUUAGGAAGUGUCGGCUAUUUCCGUGGCUACCCAGUGAGGUUCUAGAUGUUAAUUCUUUCACCACUGAACCAUCAGAUGAUCACUACGAGGCAAUCUUAAAUGAAAACAAGGAGAAACUUCCAAUUUCAAUAAAGCUUCCUGUUUAUGACAAGAAUAAAAUCUUCAAAGUUUACACAGAUCUCCAACAGGUGCUACAGAAUCUGACUCAUUCCCGUUUUGAAUUUACGGACUCUGAGCAAGAAGCAGAUAUUCUCUACAACUUCUCUCACUUCAAAGAUUACAGGAAACUAAGUGAGGAAAGACCUCAUGUGAUGUUGAAUCAAUUUCCAUGUGAGAAUCUCUUGACCGUGAAGGAUUGCCUCGCAUCAGUCUCAAGGCGAGUUGGAGGCUCAGAAGGGCCUAAUUGGCUGCCUCGUACUUUUAACCUUCAUACAGAAUUACCACAGUUCAUCAGUUUCUUUCAGCAGCGUGAGAUGAGAGGAGAAGACAACCAUUGGAUAUGCAAACCCUGGAACCUGGCCAGGAGCUUGGACACUCACAUCACCAAGAGCCUUAACAAUAUCAUCAGGCAGAGAGAGAGCAUCCCUAAGGUGGUGUCUAAGUAUAUUGAGAAUCCAGUCUUGUUUCAUCUGGAAGAUGUGGGGCUAGUUAAAUUUGACAUUCGUUACAUUGUGCUGCUGCGAUCAGUUAAGCCGCUCAGGCUGUACGUUUAUGAUGUGUUUUGGCUCCGGUUCUCAAAUAGACCAUUUUCACUUGAUGACUUGGAUGAUUAUGAGAAGCAUUUUACCGUAAUGAACUACGCUUCUGGAGUGUCUUUAAAACAGAUCCACUAUAAUGAAUUUAUUCCUCUCUUUGAGAAGCAGCAUGCUGAGUUCUCUUGGAAAGCUGUUGAAGAAGAUAUUUUUAAGGCGUUCGCUGAAUUAUUCCAGGCUGCUUGUGCAAAGCCUGCACCACUCGGCAUCUGUGACUACCCAUCCUCACGAGCCGUAUAUGCCAUAGACCUGAUGCUUAAGUGGGAUACAUCCGGUGAUGGGAAACCAUAUAUGCAGCCUCAGAUCCUAGAGGUGAAUUUCAACCCUGACUGUGACAGAGCCUGCAAAUACCACCCAACCUUCUUCAAUGAUGUCUUCAGCACCCUCUUCUUGGACGAACCCAAAGAGUGCCAUGUGAUCUCCAUUGUCUAGCUCCAUCUGGCUUGACUUGGCUAAUGUGUGCUUCACAGUGAUAUAUAUAUUUCAGUUCUAUGAGCUGCUUAUGCAAGUAUUUUUCCUAUACUGUAAAAAACAAACGACGAUGACCUAUUCUAUCAGGUGGAAUAUGCAUAUAGUGUACUUCUAGGCAGGCAUCUGCUGUUUUUUUCUUGUCUGUCUGCUGUUAUUUUAUCACCAGCUUGCUUUCACAAUAUUAUAUGUAUUGUUGUAUACCGAUGGUCACAGAAGUUCAGUAGCAAUUUCUUCUGUCUCUUGAACUCACUUACAAGAAAGCUUCUUUCAACCUGCUUUAUGAUUUACUGCAUUUAAUUGAGGCCAGUGUUUGUCCUAAUACAGUUUCGUUCCCAUCUCUUAAUUAGCUCCAUGUUUAAUUUGGAAAACAAAGCAUUUUAUUUCAAAGCUGCAGCUGGCUUGUGACCAUACAGUUUUCAGUUUUAAUUAUAAUAAGCAACGUCACAGCAAAAUACCAGAAAUUGCCUUUGGUGUAGCGGAGGACCACCUCUAAGUUCUUUUCUCCAGGUAAAGGCAUAGUAUAAAAUAAAAAUUGCAGCAGGUUCUUUGCUGCACCAUGCCUGCUUGACAAUACUGGCCUAGGUGGACCAGUGGUCUGACUCAGUAUGAGGGAGCUUCCUGUGCCCUGAAGACGUGUGUACCAAAAAAUCUAACUCUGGUUCAAUUAUCAGUCUUGCAGCCCCCCCCCCCCCCAAAUCUUCAGAAUGAUUUGUGCUAUCACCUAUGGUACUGAGUACAAAGAAUAUUAAUGUAGGAAUAUUCAGCUUUUCUUACUUCUGGGUGAGUUUGGAAGAAGGUUCUGCCUCUGAGGUUCAAGAAAUGUCCUUAGAAUUGUAUUUUGAAAGGUCAGUAGCAGGCAAAUGAUGUAAAAGCACCAAUGUAUUUCUAAGACAUUGCUGGAGAAAUGGAGCUUGCUCACCAUGUUCACGGAGUAUAAUAAUGUGCAAACAAAUGAUUAAAAACAGCUC